CUUGGUCAAGUGGUGACCGUCUGCACGGAGUCUGUCUUGAAAGUGUGGGAGAUGGAGAGCGGGAAACUUGUGUACACGAUCGUGGAGGCCCACAAGAAUAGCGUGGAGAUCACGGCUCUAACCCUUGACUCAUCUGGCUAUAGGCUGGCUAGCGGGGCGUUCGAUGGUUCCAUAAAAAUCUGGGAUUUCGGCUCUGGCCAGUGUAUAAAGGAGAAGAGUGGGAGAGCCUCCGAUGAGGAUCUUAGCAUCACUGGACUGGUGUACGCCAAACUGGAGGACGACAGAAUACUCAUAGCAUCCGGCUGGAAUAAUAAACUCAAAGUGUUCCUGGACACGAACGAAAAUUACGACUUGCCAGUGAUUAGAGAAUUCAACGACAUCUACUACUACACGCAAACUCCCGCCCUGAGUGCUUCCAACCCCGCCCCGUAUGACCCCUUCAGACAGAGCCCUCUUCCAGACAUUCAAGGGGACACAAAGGUUUCAAAAGGGUCCAAUAAGGACCCCAGUAACCAUGUCGAGGAUGAAGGUGUGAGCAGGCAGCCAACCAUGUCAAGUCAUCAGAUGUCAAACUUGUUCAAAAAGGAGUACAUGCUGAUGUCCCACGAGAUCUCCUGCGUUGUUCCUUUCGGGCCCGACACACUUCUCACGGGCUGCACAAAUGGAAAUAUCAUAGCUUGGGAUAUUGAUAAGUCAUGUGUUGAUAAAGUGUUUCACCUUCCCGAUGGUGACCAACCCCCGGCAUCACGUGGACAGAGUCGAACGACCAACAGAGAGAAACGUGUACACAACAUUCAGAUCUUGGUACACAAAACCAGACGACUUGACCCAGCAUUUAUCCAGAAAGAGCCUUCCUUCCAUGGGAGUGCCAAGGUCCCAGCUGAGGGUGAGACAGAACAAGGGGCCACAACCCAAAGGAGUGACGCUGAAACAACGGACUCACAAGACAAGGAGAAGCAGCCUCCUGAGUCAAAGGCAACGGAUGAACAGAAGGACGAACAGAAGGACUCAGAUGAUGAUGAAGAUGAAUCUAGCACCAAUUCAAAAGAAGAAGAGGAAAAGAAAGAUGACGAGAAGAGUGUAGACCAACAGGAUCCAGACGUCAUCCGUGAGCGGGAAAAUGCUGCCAAGUACAUCGUGGAUACGUUCGACCCCAUCAUAGUCACAGUGCAUCAGGACUCGUACAUACGUUUCUGGAACACCGAGGGGCACGUGUUGCGGGAGGUAACCGCGGUUACCAGACGGACCGGCACAGCAGUUACUGCCGUCUGCCAUGACGCUGACUGCAAUUUUAUGAUAACUGGCGACCACAAGGGUUAUCUGACGUUGUGGGACAUCGGAAAGUUUCUAAGGACCCCGGAAUCGGAAGAGCAAGAGCUCAUCAAACAGGUGGUCUGCUGGCGAGCACACCUCACCAAGAUUGUCUCCCUUACCUACGUGGAUUCUGUUAAAGCCAUUUUGUCCGCCUCCACGGAUGGCUCUGCCAGAGUCUGGUGGGGUCGUAAAGGCAGGUUUGUGGGUUUCUUCGGCCAGCAUCGUGUUUUCAACUUCCCUGUCUCCGAGGAAAAGGCAGGUGUGCCAACGUUGCCCUACGACAUUUCUGAGGGUCCCCUUGCUCCGGUGAAAACCAAGAGUGCUAUUCAGAAGAUUCGACCAGUGCAGAAGUACGAAUACCCGCUGAUCUUUGUGGAGGAAAAAUGGCAGCCAUUUAAGCGCUCAGCUUAUCUACGGUCAGACCAGGACAGAAAGAAGCCCCUGGACCCAAAGGACAAGAAGUUCUUUGAGGCCCUCAUUAAACCAAAGGCUUACAAUGACCACCUUGAGGGUGUGGCUCCUGGAAGGAAGAGGGAUGGGGCAGUGUUCAGGGCCCUACCUGUCUACAGGGUUCGAACUCCUGAGAGGCCCAAAACUCCAGUGAUGACCUUGAACAUCCGCUCCAACAAUGACGCUCCUGAUGCACCACAACAAAAAAGUUCUGUUGUGCAACAACCUAACGCAGCUUACGAGCGCCGCGCUGACCCUUCAGCUAACCAAACCCCUCGUUACUCAACCCCUAUUGCCUCAGGUCAAACACGCAUGCAAAAACUCUAUCUCCAUAUGCAGGACAAACAACGAGGAAACAAAAGUAUAAAGGAGGGCAGCUCCAAUUCGGAAGACAAUAUUGGAUAAACAUGUAUCACCUAGAAGGCAAUCUGUGUUUCAAAAGGGGGGCUCAACACGACGUGAAUCUGUCAUGAGCAUCAGAACUGCAGCGUCAGUAUUGCCUCCCAUUACCACUGCGUCAUCUUUAACACAGAAAUAAUGAUUAUGUUAGCCUGAGC